CACACUGUCCAACACACACACACGCAGCCACCCAGUCAGCCAGUCCUCUCGCUUUCUCUCUCUUCACUCUCCUCUCUCUCUCUCUCUCUCUCUCUCUCUCUCUCUCUUUUUCUGUCCGUCUUCUUGCCGUUUUGUUGGUUUGUCACAGAGACACUCCACUCGCUGCUGCUCCAGAGAGAGAGCGCUCCCAAUGUCCUCUUUCUCGGGCCCGGCAAGAGAAACAAACAGAUAAUCGUUGUAGUCUCUUCUCUUGUCCAGGUGAACGCUGGUUGUCUUCCAGACAGACACCAUAACACAAAUAAGGCUUCCUUUCUCUUCUCCUCUCUUCUUUCUAAUAGACUGAAAAAGGUGAAGGAAAACCAAGAAAGAUAGUUGAUGGGGAGGAGCUUCAUACUCGUACUUGUUACUUCCCUUCUACUAAUGCUCAUUGGAGUGUGCCAAGGGAGCAAAGUUGGAGUUUGCUAUGGAAGAAAUGCUGAUGAUCUUCCCACACCAGAUAAAGCUGUACAAUUGAUUCAAAAUCAUAACAUUAAGUAUGUGAGGAUUUAUGACUCUAACAUCCAAGUUCUGAAGGCCUUUGCAAAUAGUGGAAUUGAGCUGGUGAUUGGUAUUCCAAAUUCAGACUUGUUGCCAUUCUCACAAUUUCAAUCUAAUGCUGAUACUUGGUUAAGAAACAACAUUCUUCCAUAUUAUCCAGCCACAAAGAUCACAUACAUAACAGUUGGUGCUGAAGCCACUGAGGUUCCCAAUAAUGUCUCUGCGAUGGUAGUACCUGCUAUGCAGAAUGUUUUCACUGCUCUGAGAAAGGCUGGUCUUCACAAGAAAAUCAAAGUUUCCACUACUCAUUCUUUGGGUGUUUUGUCCCGGUCAUAUCCACCUUCAGCAGGGGCUUUCAAUAGUAGCUAUGCAUUCUUUCUGAGACCCUUGCUGGAAUUUCUUGCUGAGAAUCAGUCACCUUUCAUGGUUGAUACAUACCCUUACUAUGCCUACAGGGAUUCCUCUAGCAAUGUUUCCCUGGACUAUGCUCUAUUUGAGUCAUCGUCUGAAGUAAUCGACCCAAAUACUGGUUUACUUUACACAAAUAUGUUUGAUGCCCAGAUUGAUGCUAUUUACUUUGCUUUGAUGGCUCUCAAUUUCAGAACCAUUAAAAUAAUGGUGACCGAGACAGGCUGGCCUUCCAAAGGAUCUCCUAAAGAAACAGUUGCAACUGCAGACAAUGCCCAAACAUACAACACAAAUCUGAUUCGCCAUGUCAUCAAUGACACUGGCACUCCAGCAAAGCCAGGACAGGAGCUAGAUGUAUACAUCUUUUCCUUGUUCAAUGAGAACAGGAAACCAGGGUUAGAAUCUGAGAGAAACUGGGGCUUAUUUUUCCCGGACCAGACAAGUGUAUACAACCUUGACUUCACUGGCAGGGGUACAGUGGAUAUCACAACAGGUGCCAACAUCACCAGUUCAAAUGAAACAUGGUGUGUUGCAGCAUCUAAUGCUUCUGAUGCUGACCUUCAGAAUGCCCUCGAUUGGGCUUGUGGAUCUGGGAAUGUGGAUUGUUCUGCUAUUCAGCCAAGUCAGCCUUGUUUUGAGCCAGAUAACCUCAUAUCUCAUGCAUCAUAUGCUUUUAACGGUGUGAGUGCAGGCAAG